CCCACCAUCGAGAGGCCGACCAGAAAUUUAGCUCGGCCAGCACACUGAAUUCCUCAUUAGAGAACUGAUUCAUUUUCCUGUUGCAAAAAGGUGGUUCUUCACCUAUUCGUAUAUAAACAAUCUCGUACUGACUAUUGAGUCAUCUAGUCAAGCUUCCUCAUGGAUUUUUCUUUCUCCGAAAUGGCCAACCUUGAUGAAUCUUCCACUUUGGAAUUCAUCAGCCAAUUCCUCUUAGGAGACUCUGCCAACCUCGCUCAGCUCCAACCUGUGAAAACCGAGAACCUGUUUCUUGAUCCAGGACCAGACUCGCCAUAUUCAGAUCAACCCGCCUGGCAAGACCUGGGGACACCGAGUCUCGAGAUUAAAGAGGAGCCCAGCAUCUUGGAAUCUCCAAAUUCCGAGCUGGGGUCGGCGGAGAUGAACCAGGUCGGGGCCGUCUCCGCGGCAAAGGCGCGUUACAGAGGGGUUCGGCGAAGACCGUGGGGGAAAUAUGCUGCGGAGAUACGGGACCCGACACGUAAAGGGAGACGGGUCUGGUUAGGGACAUACGACACGGACGUAGAUGCUGCCAAGGCUUACGAUGGCGCCGCUUUCAAGAUGAGGGGCCGGAAGGCCAUAUUGAAUUUCCCUCUGGAGGCCGGAAAGUCGGCACCGCCGCCGAAUCCGGGGCGCAAGAGGAGGAGAAGGGCGGCGGCGAAGGAAGAGGAGUCGAAAGAAAGUCUAGAAGAUUGGCUGAGUGAGAUGUGGGCGCAGGAGGGAGCGGGUGAAGAUGAGUGGGACACGAGCGUUGACUCAGAGCGACGGUCUCACUAGGACAAAAGUCAGUCAUGACGACAAGCGAAACAGUUGUCGGCAGUCCAUCGCAGGCGGUGGGAUGUCAAAAAUCAGCUUGAGGGCGACUAUGGUAUGGUGUACGAUACCAAAUGUUCCUGUCAACAAGUCCCCGAACUCAUCGUGAGACCGCCGAGAGUGGAAUGAGGCGGCUAAAGUCAAGGAAGAAGGCAUAGUUGACGACAAGUGCGAGUAAAUGUGUAAGAACGUCGGUUGUAGAGCUUUCCAUGGCCAGCACAGGACAGGCGACCGGAGAGAACCAGGCAUAAUCGCAAUGGUUGGGAAAAGUUGGAGGGCUAUGAAACUCAUCUGUUCGUUCGUGGGUGUACAAUCCCAUUUCUUCGUUACUCCGAGUGUGUGU